AUCACCCAGCGCCCCCUCAGCUCUAUAACCCAGCUGGGGACAGGCUCCCCCCGAGUGUCACCAACACCCUCCCCACGCCCCCCCGCCCCGAGCUGCCCCACGGCCGCCCCUGCACGGAUCCAGCCCCUCCCUUGGGGACAGGAGCAUUGUCCCCAAAGCCAAUCCCCUCUCUCGUGCUGAUUGCUCAACAGCAAGGGGUUGGGGACGAAGGUCACUGUCACCACCAGUCACUGUCACCCUCGGGUGGCCUCUGAGAAGCUCCGGGUGGCUCCGAGGUCCCACGGGUCCCACGGUGCCAUGGGGGGGUUGUGGCUCUGCCUCCUCAUCCUCGCUGCCCUCCCUGGCCCCGCGGCCCCACGAGAAACAAUGAGGGCCAAGAUCUGGGCUCAGCCUCCAGCACCCACCGAGUACCACCAGCUGAUGCUGAGCUGUGAAGUCACUGGAGACCGUGGCCCCCAGGAGUUCCUGUGGGAGAAAGAAGGAAGCCCAGUUCCCCUGCAGAGAGGCCCUGACAGCAUCCUGCUCAUCCCCUCCUUCAACAACACCCACCUGGGCACCUACACCUGCACGGCCACCAGCACCCAGGGCAGGGCUGUGACCACCUACACCCUGCGGAUAAACGACCUGAGGAGCUCGGUGUUGGUGUUCCCCCAAGAGUCCCAAACCGCCCACGUGCAGGUGACACCCGAGCUGGAGCUGCCCCUCGACAACUUCACCGUGUGCCUGAGAUCCUUCAGUGACCUCACCCGGCCCUACAGCCUCUUCUCCUACGCCACCAAAAAACAGAGCAACGAGAUCCUCCUCUUCAAGCCCAAACCCGGCCAGUACGAGCUGGUGGUGGGGAACAAACCCUUGUUCUUCACAGUUCCCAUAAGUCUGGGGGAGAGUGAGCACGUCUGCUUCAGCUGGGAAUCCUCCACUGGCAUCGUGGGGUUCUGGUUCAACGGGAAGCCCUGGCCGAGGAAGGGGCUGCAGAAGGGUUACACGGUGGGAGUGCCAGCACACAUCGUGCUGGGACAGGACCAGGACAGCUUCGGGGGUGGCUUUGACACCCAGCAGUCCUUUGUGGGGGAGAUUUCAUCCGUGUACAUGUGGGACAUGGGGAUCUCCAACUCGGGGGUGGUGUCAGCCAUGUACGACACCCCCGAGCAAACCCCCGUCUUUGGCUGGAGGAAUUUCCCCUACAAGAUCGUGGGUGAGGUGUACCUGAAGCCCUGAGGCUGUGGGGGGUGUCCCCAAUCCCUGCUGUGUAACCCCCUCUCUCAAAGCCACCCAAAUAUCAUGUAAAUGGAAAAAUGA